CUCUGCGGUCUCGUUGUUAAACGCCCGUGUCCUGCAGCGCCAUCUAGUGGCCAUCGAGUAGAACAGUUUAAUUCAUUCGCAAUAAGCGUUUAUUAAUCUCCUGGAGACUUUGUUGCCGCUGCUUUUCCCUCUCACGCUCUCUCCCAGCCGAGUGUUCGCAGCCUCGUAGCUUAUUGUGCUGGAAGGUUGGACCCGCGUUGCCAAAUCUCACUUUAAUGAGGAAUCUCCCUCCAAACAGGGAGCAGCACUUGGGCGCACGGUGGGGCUGCAGCUGGGACUAGCGGGUAGGAGCGAUUCUCAAGCGUUAGAACUGAGUUAAUAGGAGUUUUAAGUGGGAGAGGAGAUCCAGGGGGAUAUGAGUGUUUGCCCAGGGAAAUGGAGUUGGGAGCUGCCUGCCUAUGCCCAGGGAAGGUCAAUGGACCCUGAGAUAUAAAUGAGACGUUACUGGGCUGAGGGACAUGAAUAUUCCAUUUUCCCUGUUCCUCACUUGAUUUAGGAGGGGAUCUGGCCCCGGGGGAGGGAGGGGCUGACAGAGAAGACCACGUCUACCUCCUCAUCUUCAAGGGGAGCUCAGCUUUGAUGAGAGCAGCCACAAGUGCUCCACUGCAGUUUGUGGACUUUCUUAUUGGACACGGUUGCAAAAAGGAAUCUUGUCUCCAAGGAAUGAUACAAUGUAACCAGGCUCCACGUGUUUCCUCCAAGUCAGAUCUUCUUCUACAGCACUGGACAUGGAGCCCUGCACCCAACUUGCAUGCCCUGUUCCCCUGCUCAAUGGCUCCUUUGGCAACUUCAGCCUGGAGAACAGGAGCAGUCCCACCAAUGCCACCAGGGACCCCCUGAAAAGGAAUGAGGACGUUGCUAAGGUGGAGGUAGCAGUUUUAGCCCUGAUCUUGUUCUUGGCCCUGGCAGGUAAUAUCUGUGUGCUGGUGGCGAUCCACAUUAACAGGCACAAGCACUCUCGCAUGUAUUUCUUCAUGAAGCACCUGAGUAUAGCAGACCUGGUGGUUGCCUUGUUUCAGGUGUUGCCUCAGCUCAUCUGGGACAUCACCUUUAGGUUCUAUGCACCUGACUUUGUCUGUAGGAUAGUCAAGUACCUGCAGGUGGUGGGGAUGUUUGCCUCCACCUAUAUGCUCCUGUUGAUGUCCCUGGACAGGUGUUUGGCUAUCUGUCAGCCCCUGAGGUCCCUCCACAGGAGGUCAGACUGUGUCUAUGUGGUUCUCACAUGGAUUUUAAGUUUUCUUCUGAGUGUCCCUCAGAUGCACAUCUUCUCCCUUAAGGAUGUAGGGAAUAAGGUGUAUGAUUGCACCGCCGAUUUCAUCGAACCUUGGGGACUGAAAACCUAUAUCACCUGGAUAACCAUGACUGUGUACAUCUUACCAGUGAUGAUCCUCAGCGUGUGCUACGGACUCAUCAGCUACAAGAUCUGGCAGAAUAUACGGCUGAAGACCAUGUGUGAGAGCAGCGUGAGGCUGAGUUCCAACAGGAGGGCCACCUUAUCUAGAGUCAGCAGUGUCAGGCUUAUCUCCAAAGCUAAAAUCAGGACAGUGAAAAUGACCUUCAUCAUCGUGUUGGCUUAUAUUGUGUGCUGGACUCCCUUUUUCUUUGUCCAGAUGUGGUCAGUGUGGGACCCCGAUGCACCAAAAGAAGCCUCUUUGUUUAUCAUCGCCAUGCUCCUGGGGAGUCUGAACAGCUGCUGCAACCCAUGGAUCUACAUGCUCUUCACUGGGCAUCUCUUCCAUGACCUUCUGCAGCGCUUUCUGUGCUGCUCCGCUCACUACCUGAAGUCCAGCCAGCAGGGCAAUGACAUGAGCACCAGCAGGAAAAGCAACUCUUCCACCUUUGUGCUCAGCCGUAAGAGUUCCAGCCAGAAGAGCAUCACUCAGCCCUCUAUUGCCUGAGAACGACAAACAAGGCCUGAGGACUUAUAGGUCUCUCUCUCUGAGACUGGCAGUGGACUGUAACUAGGGUUGCCAACUGGCUGAUAUUUUACCGGCCUGGCCAAUAAAAAUGGUCGCUGAUCCUAAUGUUAUUA